AUGGAAACCAACUACAGCCUUGCCCUAAAGCAAUUCAUCAAUAAAAACUUUGCUGCCUCGUUCAGGUUGGCGAGCGAAUUGUUUCAUAAAUGUUUUACCGAAUAUUCUGGCCAUAGCAUUUCAUUAACCUUGCUUACCAAGAUAAUCAACCUCUACUUGGUCGAAGUGGGGGUGUGCUUGAAAGAUGGUUUGUUGAACCAGGUCCAGGCCAACACUGCAGUCAACUCAAUUACCAGCAACGAGGUGAUUAACCAGAUCCACGCUGUUUUUGGUGACGAAAUCCCAUGUGAGAUAUUAUACAACUACCAUUUAAUGCACAUCACCAACUCCAAACUUCUCAUCAACGACAAUUAUUGGGACCAGUUGCGUAACGAUUACCACCAUGCAAUCAACGACAAAUACAAACAAAAGUUUAUAGAGUUGGUGGUUUUUGAGAUCUUGCCUAGAUACGAUAAAUACAAAGAAGCAGAACAGUUGAUUACCAACCCCAACGAUUUACAGAGAUUACGCAAGAUCCAGGAAAAGCAAAAGCUUGCCGAGGAGGUGGAACGCUCCCAGAAAAAGACACCCCCCAAGGAACAGCCAACCUUGAAGUACAAAUCAAUCAAGGAAAUCCAAAACGCCUACAACCUCGAAGAGGCCAAAAAACCAACACUCCCAGAAUCACGAUUGUUGUACAUCUACAAUCUUGUCAAGAACUAUUUGCGCGACAAUUAUUUGGUGGUGUUGGUUCUCAUAAUUCUUGGCCUCGGUGCGAGAAAAUACCUCAACCGAGCCAACUUGAGAGAAAAAAUCGUCGACACCAUAAAAAUGGCAUUUAAAUUUAGUUAUAUAUAG